GGAUGGUGGCAUAAAUAUUCCGAGGUUGCGCAUCGUGCCCGACGUAGCUGGAAAGCCGAGGGAGGCGAGCAAGUGGCGGCGAAGGAACACGAGGACCCCGGAUUCGUUUGGCGUGCGAGCUCAGUGCGAGCCGCGCUCCGCACGAGUGUUCGUCCAACCUGCUCGAAAAAAGGGUGCUGGAGAUUUUUUCCGCGCGAGGACACGGGGCGGUAAGGAAAAAUGAGCGAGGGACAGCCAACUUACAAAUUGAUCUACUUUAACGCCCGCGGUCGUGCCGAGCAUAUUCGCUACAUAUUUGCAUACGCCGGCAUCGACUACGUCGACGAGAGGAUCCCCAAAGAACGCUGGCCUGAAUUGAAGAAAUCAAUGCCUUAUGGAAUGCUGCCUGUGCUGGAGAUAGACGGGAAACCGAUAGCGCAGAGCAACGCUGUGGCGAGAUAUUUGGCGAGGAAGCACAAUCUAACUGGAAGGGACGAGUGGGAGGCGAUGAUGUGUGACGUGCUCGUCGAUACGCUCGGAGAUCUGAAGCAAUUUAUAUCCCAAUAUCGUACGGAGGAGGAUCUUUUCAAGAAGGAAGAGAAGAAGGCGAAACUUCUGAAGGAAACAAUACCGUUCUACUUGAACAAGUUCGAGCAGACGGUUGGCGAAAAUGGAGGCUACACCGUUGGCUCCACCACGACGUGGGCGGACUUCGUGUUCGCGGUGGCCCUUGAAAAUUUCGAGAACAUUUUCGGAGCGACGGCUUUAGAGAAUUAUCCGGGUCUUCGGGCGUUGAAGAAGAGGGUUCACGAGAUACCUGCUAUCGUCGGCUGGCUGGCUAAACGGCCUCACACGGAAUUCUAAAAAAAAAAUGUUGAAGAUACGUACGCGUGAAA